CAGACGGUCUCGAUGUGCACGUGGGCUCGGCUGGUGGACGUCUGCAAGCCGGGCGACCGAGUGGAGGUCACCGGCGUGUACCGCGCCUCGCCGGUCCGCUCGAACCCGCGCCACCGCUCGGCGAGCUCCACCUGCAGGGCCCACUUGCCUCGGAGCCUUCUCGGAGCUUUCUCGGAGCCCCGUCUGCAGGCGCUGGCCGAGACGCCGACCCUCUACGAGGACCUGGCGCAGUCGCUCGCGCCGUCGGUGUGGGAGCUGGACGACAUCAAGAAGGGCAUCCUGCUGCAGCUCUUCGGUGCCUCGCACAAGGUGAUCGACAAGGAGUCGUCGGGCGGCUCGGCGCGCAAGCGCGGCGACGUCAACGUUCUGCUCGUCGGAGACCCGGGCACCGCAAAGUCGCAGCUGCUGCAGUACGUCGCGCCGCGCGGCAUCUACACUUCGGGCAAGGGCUCGUCGGCGGUCGGCCUGACGGCGUACGUGACAAAGGACCCUGAGACCAAGCAGUUUGUGCUCGAGUCGGGGGCGCUCGUGCUGUCGGACCACGGCGUCUGCUGCAUCGACGAGUUCGACAAGAUGUCGGACGGCGCGCGCUCCAUCCUGCACGAGGCGAUGGAGCAGCAGACGGUCUCGGCGGGCAUCAUCUGCUCGCUCAACGCGCGCACGUCCGUCCUCGCCGCCGCCAACCCGAUCAAUUCCAAGUACGACCCGAAGCGAUCCGUCGUCGACAACAUCAACUUGCCGCCCUCGCUGCUCUCGCGCUUCGACCUGAUUUACCUCGUGAACGAGUCGACCGACAAGCGGCUCGCUGAGCACAUCGUCCAGCUCUACCAGCUCGACCGCACGCCCGCGCACGCCGUCGUGCCGCAGCGCACGCUGAUGGACUACAUCUCGUACGCGCGGCGCGAGGUGCAUCCGAAGAUCUCGGACGAGGCCGCGCAAGAGCUGAUCCGCGCGUACUUGGCGAUGCGCAACAUGUCGGGCAACAAGAACGUCAUCUCGGCGACGCCGCGCCAGCUCGAGGGCCUCGUCCGCCUCUCGGAGGCG